AGAAAACUGUGCUAGUCUACCGUCCUUUAAAGCCUAUCUCCAAAGCCUAUAGUUAAGAAACAAGAGGGCGCGGAUGUGAAUGAUUGAUAGUAUGAUUACCGAUGGUGUACAAACACUUUCACUGCACAAUUGAGCAAGUCAAAUAAACAGCAAUCGUCAAAAGUGAACGCUCACUCCCCAUGCCGUGACUUACCAUCGCACAGCCCCAAGAAUCCUUGCUGCACCCCAAUCAGGGUUGGUUCAUUCAUUGUAGGUUCCAGGGUCGAUUGGAGAUAGGUCAGGUAUGCGGUAUUCACGUCCACUAUGAAUUAAGUGCGGUCAGUCAAACAUUUGGAAUGAAGUCCCUUAUUUUGGAAAUCUGGUAAGCUAUUCAUGUUAUUAAUCAUUGACAGCGAAAGGACUAGAACAUUGAUUAUGGAAGCGGUAUUCAAUCCUUCGACUCUCCAAGUGGUUAUAAGAAUUCACAGCCCUGGAAUUUACGUAUGAGGCCCUCAGAGCCAAAGGUAUGUAAGGGCAAAAAUAAUCGAUUUUUUGUUUAUAAUGUCAAACGAUUAUUCAUAGUUUCAUCAACAUUUGGUGAAUUUUUCAGAUUUUUGAAAUUUAUAUUUCAUACUUUUUUUUUGAACGAAAUCAAACGUGUUUUCUCGAAAGUAGCUUUUAUGCACUUAUACCCCUUUGGCUCCAAUGGCCUUAUAAAGAGUGUUAGAUUGGUUAUCUCACGAAAUUUUUCACCUGUCAUGGUCACGGAAGCUUACCGGAGGGCAAAUCGAUAAUCCACAUAACUGGGAAAACAGUAGUGUCUCGACUUCCCCACCCUCGUUUCCAAUUCCCGAUCCCGCGUCAGAUGAUUGACAUGCAAGGCUCGUUUAUGCUAACGUCCAACAGCUAGAAUAAUUUCAGUUAUUACUCAUCGAGCAUGAAGCAGGAUGUGAGGGUUUCAAGUGCGGGAGCCAUUUUUUGCCAUGGGAUGUUCCUCAUCAACUUCCGAGCCAGUCGAAGAAUAUACUCAUCCCAACACUCCCGUUCAAAAACCGGGAGCAAAGUCCGUUCCAGGAUUAACACCUGGAAUUCCCUACGACUUACCGGCUGUAGUACCAAAGGUUGCGGAAACUGUUCCCCAAGCAUACCAACGGCUGGACGAAGAGAUCUGUCUGCUGGAAAGCACCUGUCCGGGACCGCGACUUCUAACGGCGGAAGCGUGGGUGGAUCAUUUGACAAAACUCUUCGACGAACAGUUUCGCAACAAUGACGAGCUGUACAGUCACCAUCAGCAAUUGCGCGGCAACAGCAAACUUAUGAUGGACACCAGUAAAAUGGUUGACAUCCCUAAUGGGAUUCCAGAUGCUUCCAAAAUGGGACCGGACACCGCCAGCCAAUCAGUGGAUGAUACGGCCAAGAUAGCAAUCAAGUUAGACAUCGCCUUGAACCCGGACAAGGCAGCUCGCCAGGAAGAGUUCAUCGCUCGCAUUUCCCGCUCGGCAAUGGAACUGGAAUCGGAACGUUUCCGGGCCGAUAUGAUAGACCAUGCAAGAGACCGGGCACUCCACUUGAGGCAGAGUUUCGGGCGGCUAAAAGUGUUGUAUCUGGAGCUGGAUCACCUACUGGCAGCGGCUAACAACGGAACCUAUAGCUCUUUAGCGGAAGAGCGCUUCGAUAGUGAACUUGAAUCGUUGCGGGAAAUUCGGGAUCGUUUGGGUGGCGUUUCGGAACAGUGGCGUGCAGCGGGUGCUUUUAUGCGUGCUGCAGCCAAAGGAGUUUUGCAGGCUGUAGAAUUCUGGAAUCUUGUUGGACCCUCUCAAAAUGCACCGGAAAAGGUGGCAUUAGCUUUAGAUUGUCGUACCGCUUGCCAUGGAGCUUUGAUAGCUCUAGAAGCAGCCCAUGCAGCACUUCCUCAGGUGGAAAUUCCUCAUGUCACUCCCCGACAACAGACGGCAGUCAAACAUGGUCUAGUUUACAUGCUAACAGAUAUGGCCAAUCGAGAUCGCUAUCGGCACACCAAACACGUCCUGGAAGGAUUCCAGCACAACGUCGAAAAAUCUGUCCAGUGGGUGCACAACACCUACCAAGAAACGCUGAAGAAAGAUCUGAACGAGGCAGACCAAAACGUGAUGCUGGUAGCGAAACAGUUGCGGGAAGUUCGCAAACGAUUCCUGGCGCAACGGUUCGGAGCGAAGAUUUAUGUGAGACCUGCUUUACCAAUUCAGUGAAACAUUGUGUAUAAAUUUAUUCAAGUAAUUUUUUUUUUGUGAAUUAAACAUUUUAUAUGAA